AUGCACAUCUGUAUGCACGUGCAUACAUCUAGAUCGACCUCCAGAGGGCCGCGGCCAGGCGUGGCGUCAGCGUCCACUCCUCCCUCUCCCAUGGCGCAUGUACAGGUCGGCGGGCGCCAAGGGCACACCUGCACCCAGGCCCACGGUCGGUGCACUCCUCCUUCGUGGCCAGGCCAGGAGGGCGGUAUGCACCGACCUUGGGCCCAAGAUGGGCCUGGCCAGGAUUGGUGCAGGUGCGUGCCUGGCGUCCUCCUAGCAGAUGCUGCCCCCCGCGCCAGCGAGGACGUGCCCGCCAGCGUGUUGAUAUUCUUUCUGCUCCAGAGAUUGCCGGAGCCGCCGGGCGAAGCCUCGGCGACGUCGAUCCUCGUGCGCCGGCCGCGCCCACGGCAGCGCUGCGGCCGCGCGGCGGUGUGUACAUAA